GCACAACUCAAUAAGAACCUCGCCAGAAAAUAUAUACGUUUACAUUUUUGGUAAAGGUUCGUUAAGAAAUUAUGAUAGUGACUGCCGAUUUAAGGACAUUGGACCAAGAUGCGAUAGUAUUCAGACGAAGAGCUUUACGAGACGCCGUGAUAUGUAUAGGAUGGCUAAAAUUAGUAUCAGUGAUAUGUUAUAUCAUUCUUUAUUUCUUAGUACACGCAAACAGCAAGGGUAAUAUCGCUAAUGUUAUACAAAUAAUGAUCUUGGCGAUAAUACCGUUCAUCAUACUGAAUGGAAUUUUGUUAUUCUUGGGUGCAUUAGAAGAGAAAACUAUUGCCCUCGAUAUCAGUCUGUGGUUGUGUCUUACAAUCGCGUCGUAUAAUACUGUUUUGGGUGUGAUGGGUGGAAUUUACUUCAUACGAACUGGACAUUUUACGAUGCAUUUUUUGCUAGCUGUCUUAUUUGGAACCUUGUCAGUUUCGCUUAUCACUGUCCUAUGCCACGAUAUAUUAAUAAUAUACGCUUACAAAAGCCUUCUUAGAUCAUUAAGUUUAUAA